AAAGAGAAAAAGAAAUAAUUGAAAAAUUAACUCUGAACUGAAGUUGGCUUGAAUUAUUUCAGCUUUCAAUCUGCUAGAUGUUGAGAGGGACUAUCUACUGAAGCUGAUUUUCUAUCCACAAUGGCGUGUCCUUUGCGUGCGGCUGCCAGGUCAUUUGCUCUACCUUUCCAAGGAUGUAGCUCAUUGUCGGUGCUGCCCCGCCGGCUAUGCAGCUCCGCCGUGGAGGAGACCGUUACACCUGAGAUUGUAGAUGUGCGUGAUGUCACCACCUCUCCAGCAGGUGGUCUGAACGUGCCAACAGGGGAGCAGUUCACCAAGCAGAUCCAGCCUGCACUGCAGGAGCUGCAGAUUCCGGAAGAGCACAGCACGAAGCUGCGCCGAGCGCUGACAGACCGCACCUUCAAUGAGGCUAUCUUCCUUUCGCGGCGCAAGGCCGGCAAUCGCAAAGAGGUUCUGGAGGCUGACUUGCACAACGUUCGCUAUGCUACUCUCGGCAACACCAUCAUCAACUUUGUACUCACAGAGAAGCUGCUGCAGUCACCGCAGUUUCAGCUCAACAUGCACGGUGUGCAGGAGCUGUGCUACAUUCUCAUGCAUCCAGAGAAGGUACACACUCUCCUACCCAACCUGAACAUCGAUAGCUAUGUUCGCACUCAGGACGGCAACUUGACAGACGUGUCGCGCACUACUGCAGUACAGGCAGUUGUUGGAUGCUUGGUGGACACCAAGGGAAGACAGGCCAGUAUCCAGUGCGUCCGGGACAACAUGGUGGAGUUGGACGUCAGCGAGUGUCAUCGUCUCAUCAAGCUCAACCAUCCCAAACUCUGCUUGAUGCAAGCGUUGCAGCGCAAGGGACUGCCGCCUCCCGUGCUUCGUGUUACCGGUGGCCAGUCGGACGCCGUCCUCACUCACAUUGUCUCCGGAGAUCGGGUACUCGCUGAAGUGCCGACGUCCAUGUCAGUGUCGCAAGAUCAACAACAUCAUAUUGCAUGUCAACGAGCUCUUGUCGAUCACUUUCAGCGUGAGCUUGCCGACCUGCCAGUCCCGCACUCGAGUACGGAAUCGUCGGAGGAUCUCCAGUUCCGCAAGGAGAAUGAGCUCAACCUUGCUUACGAAGGCGAGAAGUCUGACUACACUGAACCCAGCUGGAAAACAAGAGCAUGAAACCCUAGUUAUUACCACCCCGACACUAUGAGCUGAUAAGAUAGAAUUUCAACAGUA